AUGGAAUCCACUAAACAAACUCUCCUAGUCGGCGGCCUCCUUGUCGACGUCUACUCCCACCCCACUUCGAGCUCCACAGAUCCCAUCCACGCGCUCUUCUUCCUCCACGGCCGCUUCGGAAGCGCACAAGACAGUAACGUUGUCAAUACUAUUAAAGCUAUUUUCGAUGAGAGUUACGGCCCUGGAUCGGGUGGGGGAGAGAGGAAGAAAGAUCUUAUCCCCGUUGCUUUUGUGAGUCACACUUCAUCCCCUGUGAACCAUGGGUCGAGACUCGUGGACCAGAAGCGGAAGAGCGAGGGUCUGGCUAAGAAUAAUCAUCAGCAUGCCGUUGACAUGUAUACCAUCCAAACUGGUACAGCAGAAGACGUGUCCUUCCUAAUUGACCAUCUUCCUUCAUUCCUCUAUCCUUCAGGUGAACGGACGAUUGUGGGAUGGGGUAUAUGCGGUGUGAGUCUUGGAGGAAAUUCGACGUGGAUCGCGCUUUCUCGAGAACCCCGCCUCACCCUCGGAAUCCCCAUAAUCGGGUGCCCAGACUACACGAAACUCAUCUCCCAACGCGCCCAAUCCUCAAGCAUCCCCAUCUCCCCGCCCUACUUUUCCACCUCCUUCAAAACAUACAUAGAAACGCACGACCCUGCACAACUGGCGUACCGUGCCAGGGACGCUUCCAAUCCGUUUUUGGGGAAGAAGGUGUUGGUGCUUUCGGGGAAGGAGGAUAAGAUUGUGCCGUGGGUGGCGUCAGCAGAGUUUGUGGACGGUCUUGAAGUUGGGGAGGGGGGUGUUAAGAGGGUUGUGGUGGAGGAGGGGGUGGGACAUGAGUUUACGAGUGGGAUGCGGAGGGAGGCUGGGUUGUUUGUGAGGGAGUGGUUGAGUGGUGCGGUGUUGUGA